AUGUUAAAUUGUUACAGAUUCACAAGAACCAUUGUUCAUUUGAAUACUUUGGGUAGUGUUCUUGUAAAUCAUCAUCGAAUUGAAAGAAGACCAUUAGAACAACAACAAAACUUUUACUGUAAUACCUCAUAUGAUACAGAUUAUGAAUACAAAUCAACUUUCAAAACAAAGAGUGUUUUAGAUAGAGAUAAGAAGAAGACGAGUGUACUAACUGGACAAGAGAGAACUACAAAGAGCGAUACUGCCAAUCUAUCAUUGCUCAACAGGCUUGGAUUGUUACAAAAAGGAUUAUCUGGUUUCUCUAACGAGACUGGUGACAACCAAGAUGAUGGCAACUUGACAAACUUGAUGAAAAAGAAAAGAAAGAAGAAGAAUGUACAAUUGCAAUCAACUCUUAAUGACGAUCAGGUUAAAGACAAUAGUAAUAUCACUCUAAAUACAAAUGAUAAUAAUGAUACCAUCGAAUAUCAUCCAAGUUUAUCUUCAAAAUCAAAAUCAAAAUCCAUUGAUAAAGAGGAUGAUAAUAAUAGUAUAGUUGAUAAACCAAAGAGGAAGAGAAAGACAAAAAAGGAGAAAGAGUUAGAGUUACAGUUAUUGGAGAGUAGUAGUAGUAGCAAUAAGAGUGGUGGUAUCACAGUUGAGAAUGAAGAAGUUGUUUUGCAUCCUAGUAUGACUGGUGAUAAUAAUCAUAGUAGUAAAGUAAAGAGAAAAUCAAGGAAAUCAAACAAGAUCAAUGAACAAUCUGAACAAGAUCAACACAAUGUAGAGUAUCAGACAAACAUCGAUGGUGUUAUUCCACACGAUGUCAAUUGGUUGAUAAACAAUCAAAUGACUAUGAUAGAUUCACCCAUUGAUUAUACUUCAUCUGAUAUCAUCAUUGAUCAGAAACAACAACAGCAACAAGUCAAAAAGAUAUCAACAACUACAACAACUACAAAAGCACCAAAGAGAGUAGUUCAUAAACCAAUGGAUGAAAAUGCAAUACGUAGAUUCAAAGAGUGGAUAAACUACCGACAACAACUAUUAGAAUCGAUACCAACACAAGUGGAUCUACCGGAUUUAGAGGAUGCACCACUAACUGUCACACCAGAGAAUGCAAAACAAUCGCCACUCAACCAAGCAUUCCCAUGGGAUAGAUUCGUCGAAGGUUGCAAUCGUUUGGUGUUUGGCAAUGAAAGACUGCGGCCACUACAAUCCGAUGCUAUUAAUAGUGUUCUCUACCGACGUGAUACCUUCGUCAGUCUUCCAACUGGUGGUGGUAAAUCACUGUGUUUCCAGUUGCCCGCCAUCAUAGACUCUGGAGUAACACUUGUCAUUUCACCGCUAUUGGCACUCAUGUUUGAUCAACUGUCGAAACUCCUCCAACUUGGCGUACCAACGUGUGCACUCAACAGUUCAGUUCCCGUCUCUGAGAAGAAGAAAAUCAUUAAAGAACUACUCGAUCCAGCUGGAUGUCCAUAUAAACUACUCUAUGUAACACCAGAGCGUAUGAAAACACAAGAAUUCAUAGAUAUUCUCGAACAUUUAAAUAAUACAUCACAGCUAAAGAGGUUGGUUAUAGAUGAAGCACAUUGUAUAUCGGAAUGGGGACACGAUUUUAGAAAGGACUAUAGGAAGCUGUCAAAGUUUAGAGAGAUGUUUCCUAAUAUACCGAUUGUUGCAUUGACUGCCACUGCUACACCAAAGGUGGAGCUGGAUAUCAAACAGCAGCUAUCGAUGCACAAUACUAUCAAUAUACGUGGUAGUUUUAUUAGAUCGAAUCUAAAGUACGAGGUGCGAAAGAAGAGUACGGAGCCAGAGUUUUGUUUCAACGAUAUCUAUCACUUUGUCAACAGGAAUCAUAAGAACUCUUCUGGUAUCGUCUAUUGCUCUACCAUUGCAGAGUGUGAGUCACUGUGUGAGUAUCUUACCGAUCGUGGAUUGAGCGUUGACUUUUACCAUGCCAGUCUGAAUGCAGCACAACGUGUAGACACUCAGGAGCGUUGGAUCACCGGUAAAUUCAAGAUAGUCUGCACCACCAUUGCAUUUGGAAUGGGAAUAGACAAACCUGACACCAGAUUCGUAAUUCAUCACUCUAUUCCAUCUUCAAUCGAAUCUUAUUACCAACAAACCGGUAGAGCAGGAAGAGAUGGUAAACUUAGUGAUUGUAUAUUAUAUUAUAAUAAGAAUGAUAUUAGAAAGAUGUUAAAGAUAUCUACAAUGGGGAUUGUUGCUCAAUCACAUGAGGAGUAUCAAAAGAUUAUGGAAUCGAAAACAGAGAAUAUCGAUACGGUAACUUCAUAUUGUGUUGGCUCUGAAUGUAGGCGAGUAUCGUUGAUGGAGUAUUUCGGGGAGGAAACCAAGCCAUGCAAAACAAUGUGUGACAACUGUACAUAUACAAAAGCGAAUCAUUACUUCGAGGAUGACGACAAUAUUCGUGAACACGAGAGGGUCUACACCUCUAGAUUCAACUACGGUGCUACAAAGAAAUCAAAGAGUAAAUCUAGAAGAUAUAUAUCGAUGGACGAUGAAGAAGAUGAAGUAGAUUGA